AUGUUUUCAGAAAGAUUAGUAAGAGUAACUUUGACUCUACCAAAAGUUGAAGGUAAUCUAAAAUGGGAAUCAGAUGUUUAAACAAACACUUCAAGAUCAAGAAUCAUUUCAAUCAAUGCUAGACCCUAAUAAUUUGGGAAUCGAUUUCAUAAACAAACUAUGACUUCCAUUGUAUCUCCAAAAUAACUUUAACUCUACACUCCCAUGCAGGAAAGCAAAAGAGCUAAGAAAUUAAAAAAUAUCCCUUAUGAACUCUAAUACUUCACUCCCAAACUUCCUAAUAAAAACUUUACUUCUAGUCAUCUCAUGAGUGAUGAAUUGCUUAAACCUUCCUCUGAGAGCAUCGAAAACAAAGAUAAAUGGCAGAUUAAAUCCCAUAUUCCCAAAACAAAUAAUGUGUUCAGUUUAUGCUAAAUAAAAAGAAUUGAUAAAUAAGAGAAAAAAAAUGAGAAAUCUUAAGAUUUUAUUUAAAUUAGAAAAUAAAAUACUCAAAAUAUUGAGAAUGAAAAAGUCAAAAGAUUUAAGAAAUAUCGAUAAGCCACCUAAAAGUUGAUUGAUCAAUUUGCCCAAUAAUUCAAUACUCGUGCUAAAAUUGACAAUUUCAAUUUGAAUCUAUGAAAAUCAAAUGGAAUUUUUGUUUGUUUUGAUAAUCUCAAUAAGUUCAUAACUUUUUAUUUUCAAUCUGAAUUCUAUAUUAAAUUAA